AUGAAAUCCAUAUUGACAACCACAACUGCAAUAUUAGGGGUGUUGUCCUUAGCUUCUGCUGCUGCUACUCCAUCAAGUAGUGUUGAAAAUGCUCAAAAGACUGUUGAUACAGAUCUUACUCUCGGUGUUAAACAAGUUCCUAAUAUUAUCAACGAUACAGCUGUUGAUGCUAACCAAGCUGCUAAAGGUUACUCAUUGGUCAAUGUUACCAAUACACCUAGAGGAUUGACAGGUAUCUUAAAACUCAAAGAAGCUACCAAUAUUUAUGGUUAUGAUUUUGAUUAUUUGAAUUUAACAGUUGAAUAUCAAACUGAAAAGAGAUUGAAUGUUCAUAUUGAACCAGUGAAUUUAACUGAUGUUUUUGUGUUGCCAGAAGAACUCGUUGUUAAACCACAAAUCGAAGGUGAUGUUGAUUCCUUUAAUUUUGCUGAUUCAGAUUUAGUCUUUGAAUAUGAUAAGAACGAUUUUGGAUUUGAAAUUAUUAGAAGUUCUACACGUGAAUCAUUAUUUUCCACUAAAGGUAACCCAUUGGUUUUCUCGAAUCAAUUUAUUCAAUUUAAUACCACAUUGCCUAAAGGUCAUGCUAUCACUGGAUUGGGUGAAUCUAUUCAUGGUUCGCUUAAUGAGCCAGGUGUUGUUAAAACUUUAUUUGCUAACGAUGUUGGUGACCCAAUUGAUGGUAAUAUCUAUGGUGUUCAUCCAGUUUAUUAUGAUCAGAGAUAUGAAACUAACACUACUCAUGGUGUAUAUUGGAGAACUUCAGCUAUUCAAGAAAUUGUUGUUGGUGAACAAUCACUUACCUGGAGAGCACUUUCUGGUGUAAUUGAUCUUUAUUUCUUUAGUGGUCCUGAUCCAAAAGAUGUUAUUCAACAAUAUGUCGCUGAAAUUGGUUUACCUACUAUGCAACCAUAUUGGUCCUUGGGUUAUCAUCAAUGUAGAUGGGGUUAUGAUACAAUUGAUGAAGUCAAAGAAGUUGUGGAAAAUUUCAGAAAAUUCAACAUUCCUUUAGAAACAAUCUGGUCAGAUAUUGAUUAUAUGGAUAGUUAUAAAGAUUUCACUAAUGAUCCAUAUAGAUAUCCAACAGAGAAAUACAGAGAAUUCUUGGAUGAGUUACAUAAUAAUAGUCAACAUUACGUCCCUAUAUUUGAUGCUGCCAUCUAUGUUCCAAAUCCAAAUAAUGAAACUGAUAAUGAAUAUGAACCAUUCCAUGUUGGAAAUGAAUCUGACGUAUUUUUGAAAAAUCCAGAUGGUUCUUUAUACAUUGGUGCAGUCUGGCCAGGUUAUACUGUAUUCCCAGAUUUUUUAAAUAACAAUACCCAAGAAUAUUUCAAUACUUUUUUCAAAGAAUGGCAUGAUAGACUUCCAUUUGAUGGUAUUUGGACAGAUAUGAAUGAAGUUUCUUCUUUCUGUGUUGGUUCCUGUGGUACUGAUAAAUAUUUUGAUAAUCCUGUUCAUCCACCAUUUGAAGUUGGUAAUUCACCUACUCAAUAUCCAUUAGGUUUUGAUAAAUCCAACUCAAGUGAGUGGAAAUCAAUCUCAUCAUCAAUUGCAGCUACUGCUUCUCCAACUUCUUCUUCAUCAUCCUCAUCUUCAUCCUCCUCAAGUUCAAUUGAUUCCAGAAACACUUUGGCUCCAGGAAAAGGCAAUAUCAAUUACCCACCAUAUGCUAUUAAUAAUGCACAAGGUGAUCAUGAUCUUGCAACCCAUGAUGUCUCUCCUAAUGCUACCCAUGUUGAUGGAACUUUGGAAUAUGAAAUUCAUAAUCUUUAUGGUUAUUUACAAGAAAGAACAAUUUAUAAUGCUUUAUUAGAAAUCAAUCCAGACAAGAGACCAUUUAUUAUUGGACGUUCUACUUUUGCUGGUUCAGGUAAAUACAUGGGACAUUGGGGUGGUGACAAUACAGCUGAUUAUUACAUGAUGUACUUUUCCAUUCCACAAGCAUUUUCAAUGGGUCUUUCAGGUAUUCCAUAUUUUGGUGUUGAUGUAUGUGGUUUCAAUGGUAAUUCAGAUAUGGAAUUGUGUUCUAGAUGGAUGCAAUUAGGUUCAUUUUUCCCAUUCUACAGAAAUCAUAAUGUUUUGGGUGCUAUUUCUCAAGAACCUUAUGUUUGGGAAUCUGUCAUGGAUGCAACUAAAACUUCUAUGAAUAUCAGAUAUCUGUUGUUACCAUACUACUAUACUUUGCUUCAUGAAUCUCAUGUCUCCGGUAUGCCAAUCUUACGUGCAUUCAACUGGCAAUUCCCAUAUGAUAAGAAAUUAUCUGGUGUUGAUAAUCAAUUCUUUGUUGGUGAUGCAUUGGUAGUAACUCCAGUCUUGGAACCUGGUGUAAAUUACACCAAGGGUGUUUUCCCAGGUGAAGAUUCUGUUUACUAUGAUUACUACACUCACAUUAAACAAAAUUUCACUGCUGGUAAGAAUGAGACUUUAGAUGCACCAUUAGGUCAUAUUCCAUUACACAUUAGAGGAGGUCAUAUUAUUCCAAUGCAAGAACCAGGUUAUACUACUGCUGAAUCCAGAAAUAAUUCAUUUGCUAUAUUGGUUGCUUUAGAUAAAGAUGGUAAUGCUUCUGGUAAGUUGUAUUUGGAUGAUGGUGAAUCAGUUGAUGUUGAAGAAUCGUUGUACGUUGAUUUUAUUGCUUCUGACAACAAAUUGGUUGUUUCACCAUUUGGAGAAUAUGAAGUUUCUCAACCAUUGGCAAAUGUCACUGUUUUUGGGGGUUUCCGAAGAGCCAGAAACUGUAUUGUUUGGUAA